ACCGAUGCAGACAUUGAACAUAUUGUUUUCUGUCCGUUUGUUUAUUUUUGUGUUGUAGUAGGAAUUCACUGUGAAGAAUACUGAAGUUGUUCAUACUAUUGCUGGUUAUGGUGAAAGCGGUAUUAGUAACGUAGUUGUUAUGUAGAAAGAGGUGAUUUCUAUUAUUGGCCAUUCGUAUGGAAAUUUUCAUCUCUGCAUGGGUGUGUGCUUGUGGGAGUUACCUAAAUAGAAAUGGAAUAGACUAGUUAGUAGUCUUGUUCUUACGCAAACAAACGUAUGCGAAGCGUGGGUAAAAAGAGAAGCAGAGUCUGCAUUACUAAAGCGUAGUAGAGUGACUAGUAAAGUGGAACGUACUUGCUGUGGAAUAUUUUUGUUCUUUAAAUGUGGCAAACUAAUUGCACGUAAGAAUGGAAGAAGAAAGUACUAGGGUAUUACGAAGUAGUAGGUCAAGAUCAAAUACUCCAUUCAUACGUACAAGCCGUGAUAGGGAGGUUACUCAUGGCACAGAAGAGUUCAGACAUGUUAUUUCAACAACCCAAACAAAGAGAAGGCUGAGGGGUUCCAGCGGUCAGAAGUCUGGAGUAACCCGAGCCAGAGAAUCUCACACCAGUGAAGUGAGUGUUACUGCUCUUGGGCAUGUGCGUACGAAGACUGGUAAUGAUAGUGAUUCUUCUACCGAGCAUGCAGUAGAAGAUGAACAAAAGAUUGGCAGGCAGUCAGAUCACCAGAGAGCAAAACGUCGCCUGCUGAUUAAUGGGGCUACACCUCAAAAAGGAGAUGAAGCCCUUGCCAUGGCAGCAGAAGCACUUGAGAAGGAAAAGCUGCAGAAAAGGAAUCGUUACGAGACCAGUGAUUACUCGAGUGAGGAAAGAGAAGGCAUUGCCUACCAGAUCUACAAGAAAGCUGGAGAUUGGUGGAAUAAAUUCCCAAAGACAGACUAUACAUACUCCCGAGUAUCACCACAUCGCAAAGAGCUAGCACCAGGUGUGAUUCCUAUGCCCAACAUGUCUCGCAGAAGCCUCGGUACUGUGCGCCAGCAUGGUAGCUCAGAAAACAGAAUUUCAAAUAGUACUGUCGCUGCAGUCUCAAAGCAUGAUGUGACAAAAUCACGUUGGUUUGAUCAUUCUACCUCAGGCUCACAGGCAUCCAGGAAAGUUUUAGAAGAUUGGGCUGCUGUGGAUUCAGAUGUGGAUGAUGUGGCUGAAUCACUUAGCAAAAAGACUUCUUCAAGUCGUUCCAAGCAAUGGACUGUCACUACACGUGUUACAUCUUUCUUCCUUGCCAUCUGGACCUUCAUCACUGUCUCAUACAGCCGCACUGUUGACAUUGUGUAUAGACUAGUUGGUCGUCGCCGUGGUGCUGAUAUGUAUGCCACACCCCGCCGAGGCGUGUCUCCUGUGUGGGUUGAAGGACGCUCCAGCUGGUUGCAGAGGCUCUUCACUUGGGUCCAUCACAUGGUGUCCUCAGUAAUGUUGUUGGAUACAUUGCUACUGUCACGUUGGCGCACAACACAAAUAGAACAGGAGCAUGAGAUAUAUUAUGAUGACUACUAUACAGAAAAGGAUGCUGUAACUAAAUCUUUAUCUUCUCAUAAGCGCAACACGUGGAGACUCCUUCUUCUCCUUCUACCCCUCAUCUUUCUGGCAGGUUGGUGGGGUGUGUCUGAGGCUACUGAAUUUACCUUCAAUCCCCUCAUGGAAGCUGUAGAUGUAGUAUGGAAUACCCUUGUUGGGUGCAUGUUGAUUCCAUUUGGAGCUUAUAGUGCCUUGAAGGAGAAAUUGUUCAUGAACAUGGCAGCACCUGAGCUACAUCCUGUUGUGCCGCCACAUAGUGGUGUAGAUCCUCAGCAACAGCAAGCAGUUGAUAUGGAAGCUUUGGCACACUACAUAAUGUCCAGUGCUCAGUUCCAACAAAUGCUGACCACACGGGUUCAUGCAGACACACAGGCUGACCAGAAGGCUGUGCCUGAGUCAUCCAACCAACAGCAGGAACAGGAUAUGUAUAUGAAGCUUUUGGAAGAACAGAAGGCUUCACUCUCACAGCUGACACAUUACCUGCAGCAAAUGCAGCAGAAAGUGGAUCAUCUUAGUUCUCAAGCCGAAAGGAGUCAGUCUCAUGAGCAGGAGUGGGGGCUCAAAUUGGAAGAGCAAAAGCAGGCUUUGAGAAAAGAAGCUGCAACACAAUCGCUGAUAAGAGACAGUGACCAAGUCCUAAUGCGGAAAGAGUUGCGUGAUAUUCAGAGCCGGCUAAGACUCUUACAGGAACAGCAGGCACAGAUGUCACGUAGGUGCUGUCAGCGUAAUACUGGUUCUGUGGCAGUAGAUGGACAUGUUAUUGAGCAACAUGUGUUCAGGGUGUUGGCUGAUCUACUGGGUGCUACAGGAGGACAGUUUUCAGGAAACCCUGAAGACUUGCGUGCAUGGGUUAGCAACAUGUUCCUCGCUCGCAGUGAUGUAGAGACCAGGCUUGCCAACCUGACCUUAACACUCCAGCGCCAAAUGAGGGAAGCUAUAUUGCAGUCCAAGGAGUUAAUCAUGGCUUCGGUGUCAGAACACAUCCAGAAUGAAUUUGCCAAAUGGCAGGAGCAGCAGCGGCAACGUGACGUCAUAACCACUGUCACCAGCAGAAUGGAAACGUGGACAACUAACAAUAGUAGUGUGGCAGGACUGACUGACUUACAAGUGCGGGCCAUCGUGGAUGAGGCUUUGGCAAAGUAUGAUGCAGAUAAAACUGGUCUUGUGGACUAUGCCCUUGAAUCUUCAGGUGGAAGUGUCAUAAGUACGAGGUGUACUGAAACUUAUCAGGCGAAGACUCCUCAACUGUCUGUGAUGGGUAUCCCAUUGUGGUACCCUCCAAACAACCCUCGCACUGUUAUACAGCCUGGUGUACACCCUGGUGAAUGCUGGGCAUUCAGUGGUUCCCAAGGGUUUCUUGUUAUCAAACUGUCAGGGCUAAUCCAGAUCAGUGCCUUCAGUCUGGAGCACAUUCCCCGCUCCCUGUCCCCAUAUGGCAGGAUUGACUCUGCCCCAAAGGACUUCACUGUGUGGGGAUUGAAGGACGUGCAGGACACAGAACCUGUGUUGCUUGGGAAGUACACAUAUCAGCAGAAUGGCACUAGUCUUCAACAUUUCAGUGUACAGAACCUAGAUGUUAAUCUGUUUGAGUUGGUGGAGCUCCGUAUUGAAUCUAAUCAUGGACACAUGGAGUAUACCUGCCUAUACAGGUUUCGAGUACACGGUGUUCUCAUCUCCGAGUGACUUCAGCUAUUGGAACUUCAUUCCCACGCUUUGCAAUAAGAUACUUAACUCCAUAUGUUUGGGUGAUCUCUUGUAAUCUCUCACUAAAUCAGUGCUCAGAAAGAUUUGAAACUUCUGUUAACUAAAUGAGAUGGCAAUUUCUGAUAUCCUUUCCAAGGACAUUGAUUUUUAUGUUAUAUAAUAUCAUUACCAUUAUUAUAGGUUAUGUUUCUGACAUCAGAUAUCUUCUAUAUUUCUCUUUCCGUAGGAGUUAUGUGUAUGUGUUGUUAUUGUCUUAUUAUUCAGAAUCAGCUGUGCCCAACCUGGAUUGAAAGAAUGGUCCUGUGUCUGCAUUCGAGAUUUUGUUUUCAAAUAGAGUAAAGACUAAAAACAUUUAAAUAAAUAAUCUGAACUGUCCUGAUCAAGUACAUGUAUAUUUGUAAUGCAAUAACCAUCUUUUGCUUUAAAAGAUAGUAAAUUUUAGAAUUUUAAUUUUGACAUAUUGUUCAUCUGCUGAAAUUUGCAUUUUGGGGGCUUUUUAAUGUAUGUAUAUAAAGAUGCUUAAUCUCACUGAUGUCUCAUAAUACUGUAAUUUUAGAUUUGCUUUAUAACUUUUCUCAACCAUUUUCACUUCCUUGACAAACUUAAUUAGGAAAAUUAGCAACAGUUUCUCUUAUUUUUAAGAUUAAAAUUUAAACACGAGUAACAUAUGCAGUAGGUACAAAAUAAGAACAGUAAUUAAAUAUUUAAAUCUAUUUAGGACAGGUUGUGAUAUUUAAUUCUCAUAGUUUUGUUUAGUUUUGGUAUUGAGGCAGUAUUCUACAAGCUGGAAGGUUGUGGAUUCGAUUUCUGAUGAGGUCAUUGGGAUUUUUAAAUUGACCUGAUCUUCCAGCC